UCGCUGCUGUAAACAGGUUAGGCUAUACUGUAGGCUACAAUUCAAAAUGAAUUAAUUUGAAAAAGUAAUGGACAAUGCACCAUAUGGUAACAGAGUUAUUUUUUUUUUAAAGGAAUGCAUUACAGUAUUAGUUACUGUCAAAAGUUCUCUUGCUCAAAAGUUCAAAAUGCUCUUACAGCAUUCCUUACAUUGUUUAAUCUGGGAUAGUUUUGUCUUCAAAACAUACCUGUAUUGUUCAGGUAUGUUUUUAGAGAUCAAAAUCUAAUCUUUAUGCCAUGAUGUGCUAUAAGCAUAAGCAUAUUAAAAACCAUGGCAUAUGAAUGUUCUUCCUUUUCUUGCAUGACAAUGGAAAUAGAUAUUUGAAUGUGAAUGCAGAACUUCACACAUGCACAAAAAAAUAAAGUUAGAGACACAAUUUCCUCAAAAGUACCAUUAUUGUCCUCAUCGCCCAAAGAAGCCUACAUCGAGGGUGAAUCCAGUGGCUGCCUGCCUGAAAAGGAGUUGUUGUGUUCAAUCUGUAUGCAUGUGUUCACCGAUCCAGUCACCACUCCAUGUGGACACAACUUCUGUAAGAGCUGCCUUACACAGUGCUGGGACAAAAGUCAACACUGUCACUGUCCAGUAUGUAAAGAGAAAUUCACCAAGAAACCUGAACCGAAGAUUAAUACAACACUGAGAGAGGUUGUAGAUCACUUCAAGAAGAAAAGUGGUUCUUACAAACCUGAGGUUCUUUGUGAUGCCUGCAGUGGAGAGAAGCUGAAGGCCCUGAAAUUCUGUCUGGAUUGUCGUGUAACUUUGUGUAAAACUCAUUUAGGUCCUCAUUAUAGUAUGCCUAAACUUAAGAAGCACAAACUAAUAAACCCUGUGGAGAACCUGGAGGACUAUAUAUGCCAGAAACAUGAGAGACCUCUGGAGCUGUUCUGUAGAGAUGAUCAGACGUGUUUGUGUCAGUUCUGUACUGAGACAGACCACAAGAAUCACAACACUGUUCCUAUAGAGGAGGAGAGCAGAGAGAGGAAGACUCAGCUGGUGGAAACACAGACAGAUGUGCAGCAGAUGAUUCAGGACCGACUAAUGAAGAUAAAAGAGAUCAAACACUCAGCAGAGCAAAGCAAAAGAAGCACAGAGAAAGAGAAAGCAGACAGUGUUGAAGUUUUCACUGCUCUGAUUCGCUCCAUUGAGAGAAGUCAGGCUGAGCUGCUGGAGAUGAUGGAGGAGAAGCAGAAAGCAGCAGAGAGGCAGGCGGAAGGACUCAUUAAAGAGCUGGAGCAGGAAAUCAGUGUGCUAAAGAAGAGCGACACUGAGCUGGAGCAGCUCUCACACACUGAGGAGCAUCUCCACCUCCUACAGGUUUACUCCUCCAUGUGCAGCCCUCCACACACCAAGAACUGGACUGAGAUCAGUAUUAACAGUGAUGUGAGUGGGGACACUGUGAGGACAGCUCUGUCUCAGCUUCAGCAGACUAUGAAUGAGAAACUCACUAAAAAACUCAAUGACAAGUUAAAGGAAACAGUUUCCACAGAACUGAAGAGGAUUCAGCAGUAUGCAGUGGAUGUGACUCUGGAUCCUGAUACAGCAAAUCCAUUUCUCAUCCUGUCUGCUGAUGGAAAACAAGUGGCACAUGGAGACAAACGACAGAAUCUCCCUGAUACACCACAGAGGUUUAAUCAGUGUGUCUGUGUUCUGGGAAAACAAAGUUUCUCCUCAGGGAGAUUUUAUUUUGAGGUGCAGGUCAGAGGGAAAACUGACUGGGAUCUUGGAGUCGUGACAGAGAACAUUAACAGGAAGGGGAAAAUUAUACUGAGUCCCCAGAAUGGAUUCUGGACUGUGUGGUUGAGAAAUGAGAAUGACUUUAAGGCUUGUGCUUAUCCCUCUUUCCCCCUCACACUGAGAGAGAAGGUGGAGGUUGUGGGGGUGUUUGUGGAUUAUGAAGAGGGUCUGGUCUCCUUUUAUGAUGUGAAGUCCAAAUCUCAUAUCUACUCUUUCACUGGUCAGUCUUUCACUGAGAAUCUCUAUCCAUACUUCAGUCCUGAUUUAAGUAAAGGGGGUAAAAAUUCAGCACCACUGAUAAUCUCUCCUGUAUUUAAGACUUAA